AUGAAGUUGCUGUCAAGUUUAUUGUUUGUGCUGAUGAUACUCCACUGUUCCUAUGCACCACCUGUGACUCCAGAUAAGUCCAACGAGCAAGACAGCGAAGUCAAGGAUGACCUGGAGGAAUACAUGGAAUACCACAGGUACCUAAAGGAAGUUGUCCAAGCUCUGGAGAGUGAUCCUGACUUCAGGGAGCGAUUGGAAAAGGCUAACGAAGACGAUGUUCGAUCUGGAAAGAUAGCUGAACAGCUGGACUUUGUUAAUCACAAUGUAAGGACAAAAUUGGACGAAAUCAAACGACGCGAGUUGGACAGACUACGUCAUUUGGCUACUAAGCAAUUUGAAUUGACGAAUAAUUUGGAACAACACCCAGGACAGGUCGCUACAAACGAACAUUUGGAUCAUAAUAACCCACACACAUUUGAGAUUGAGGAUUUGAAAAAACUUAUUAAGAAGACUACUGCUGACUUAGAAGCUGCUGACAAAAAGCGGAAAGAAGAAUUUAAGGAAUAUGAAAUGCAAAAGAAAUUUGAGGAACACCAGAAAGUAGAGGGCAUGGAGGAGGCUCAGAAGAAGGAGUACUUGGAGAAAGCUAAGCAAGAGGAAGAGGCUAUUAAACACCACAAGCCGCUUCACCACCCCGGUUCUAAGCAACAACUGGAGGAAGUGUGGGAGAAACAAGAUCAUAUGGAACAACAACAAUUUGAUCCCAAAGCAUUCUUCAUGAUGCAUGAUGUUGACGGCAAUGGCGUUUGGGACGCUGACGAGGUGAAGGCUCUGUUCAUCAAGGAGCUAGACAAGUUGUAUGGCCCCGGAGGACCGAACAAGGACUUGCAUGAGAGGGCUGAGGAAAUGGAGAGGAUGCGAGAACACGUCUUCAAAGAAAACGACAAGAACCGUGACGGUUUGAUCGACUUCAACGAGUUUAUGACUGAGACGCAGAAGGCUGAGUUCAACCAGGACGAAGGAUGGAAGACUCUGGAAGAGAAUCAAGUUUACACUCAGGCCGAGUACGAAGAGUACGAGAGGAGGCGGAUGGAUGAAAUGAGGUACCUGCAGCAGCGUGGCUUGGUUGAUGCCCACGGCCAACCGAUCCCCGGCGCUCAGCAUCAAAUUCACCAGGCGCUCCAACAAUACCGGGCUUACCAACACCAACAGGCUUACCAACAACAAGUAGCACACCAGCAACAGUUCCAAGGCCAACAGCAGUACUACCCGCCCGGACCUCAAGGUCAAAUGCCUCCAGGACAGGUGCCUCCCUACCAACAACAUCCCUCGCAAUAUCAACAAGGACAACCGCAGUACCAACAAGGACAGGGACAAUACCAACAGCCACCUCAAGGCCAAUACCAACAGGUACCUCAAGGCCAAUAUCAACAAGCCCCCCAGGGACAGUACCAACAGCCACCCCAAGGACAAUACCAACAGCCACCCCAAGGACAAUACCAACAGCCACCCCAAGGACAAUACCAACAACCACCGCAGGGCCAGUUCCAACAACCACCCCCAGCUCAAUACCAAGGCCAGCAGCCUCAGGGACAACAAGCUCCCGUAGCACAAGGGCAAGCGCCGCCACAGGCUAACGUAAAUCAAGCUCAAGUGCCGUCUGUUCAGCCGGUCCAGGCUCAAGGACAGGCGCAGCCCAGCCAAGGCCAGGCCCAGCAGGUGCCAGUGCAAGCUCAAGCUCAGGUCCCUGCACAGGCCACCCACCAAGUUCCCCAACAAGCUCCCCCACAAGGACAAGCCCCACCAGUACCAGCACAAAACGUAGGAGCUAAUCAUUAG